AUGCCUCUUCCUUCGAGUUUCGCCUCCGCCGCUGCAGGCCAAAAUGCCAACCGUGACGCGAGAGCCGGUCGUGGUGAUGGACGUGGAGGUGCCGGAGGUGACUGGGCCAGAAGCGGUGGCAGACCCAACGGCACCCUCACCUUCCGCCGAUCCUCGACGACGCCAGGACAGACCUCCCACAGCGCGACGCCCUCCGAUCAAGCCUUUCCUCAGACGCCCCUGGAGCCCACGACGCCCUCGGUCGCUGGCGUAGCGAGCUACGAUUUCGCCUCACAACCAGCCCAGUACGCGAAGCAGUCCAUUCUCAACCUUUUCCAAGACGCCGCCACCCAGCAAGAGUCUUCCGAAGUCCUCGAACCUGGAUGGGCCCCUGGCCAUGCGAACGGUAACUCGUCACGUGGCUGGGGCAAGACCGGCCACACCCACGCCAACCAGGAUCCGAAUUCGUGUUGGCUUCCCGCCGCUUCGAACGGUCCCAACUCUUCGCGUCAUCUGUCUGCUGAGGAGAAGGAGGCCUUUGCGUCCGACGUCAACUCCCCCCUGAAACCACCGAACCAGCAACAGAAGGAAGGCGCGCAGCAAGGCGGCACCAACGGCCGGAAAACAUCCGUCUCGCAUGGGAGUGGCGGUCCUGGCUUCGGCGUUGCGUCGCCGACCUCCGCUUCUCGUCCGAGCACCCGCCGGCGCGAGACAACCGACUCGAAUCCUUUUGCUUCUGGAGGCGUCUCGUCCCCGGCCACGGCACGGUUUAACCGCGACGACAGCGGCUUCCUGUUUGGGCGCAAGGGAGGCGAGGCCAAGGACCAGGACCUGAGUGAAGAAGAAGGUGGCGCCCCUCCCAGUCGUGGAACACCCCAAGGCCGAGGUGGAUUCGGAGGCCUGAUGCGUAGCAACACAGCGGGAACUCCGAUUGCCGGCACCAACAUCAGUUCUCUGUGGGGCCAGUCCAACCCGCCGCCGCCGUCUUCGGGCAUGGGAAACUUUGGCCAGUUUGCCCUCCCGACGCCCACCGCGCUCGGGGGUAGCGUUCGUGGCGGCAGCCGCUUCGCGAAUCUGAUUCCUGGAAAAGAAGGCGCCGAGGAUGCGGGUGGCGCCAAGCAGGCCGAGACCCCUGGCGGCACCGCCGAUCGAUCGUGGCGCUCGCGCCCUCGGACUGAUACCGACCCCUUCGGCGACGACAGCCUCUCCGGCAGCGCUGCCCUCGGAGGGGCCAAGGAUACGAGUCCGCCCCCGAUGCCCAACCCCGCGACGAGCAACAUGGGAGUCUUCGAGACACCCGUCAAGGGCUCCACCAGCGACUUUGGCAUGUCGGGACUGAACCUGGGGCAGCACGGCGAACACGACCAGGGACCCGUCAGCCCGUCCGAGACCAACCCGUACCGGAGCCCGCCCGCCGAGCGAGGUGAGGACCACGACGAGAGCGACAAGCGCCACGGUGCCGGCAUCGGUGCUGAGCAGCCUUCCAACUUUAGCACCCUGUCUCGUGGCUUCCCCGCCCACCCAUUCGCCGACGGCAGCGACCGCAGUCAGACGUCAAGCGCUGGCCCCAAACCCUACCCUUCGCUGUCUAACCUCACUGGCUGGCCCGCCCCGAACCCCGUCGGCACGCCCGAUCGUGAACGUCAGGGUUUCCCCGGCGCCGCUUUCGGCAACUCGCUUUUCAACCCCAUGGGCGGCGAGCUCCAGUCUCCCGGCCUGUCCAGCAUUGGUGGUGGUGUCUUCGGCCCCCCGAGCGCCGGCGGCAUCGGCGCCACCGGCUCUCUCGGCCGCAGCAAGCUUGGCUCCCUCUUCCCUGCUGCGAUGCAGGCGCAGAUGCAGGGCCACGAGCAGCACGAGAACCUGAGCGACUCCCUUCCUGAUCUCCGCCAGAGCAACCCUCUUGGUGCGAUUGGCAGAAACAACUUUGCGCCCCAUCGCGAGACCGAGAGCCCCAUGCGCACCGGCCGCGGCGUCUUUGAGGAUCUGUUUCCCUCGUCCGCCGACAGCCGUGCCCACAACAACGUGUUUGGCACUCCUGGCGAGAUGCCCGGCGGCCCUCUCGGCGGUGGCCCGCAGUCGUACACCCCGAUCAACACGUCCACCUCGGACCUACCGUCUAACCAGCAGCGCCAGAUGGUCAUGCCUGAUCGUAUGAGAUGGGUGUACCUCGACCCUCAAGGUCAAAUCCAGGGUCCCUUCACCGGCCUCGAGAUGAACGACUGGUACAAGGCCAACUUCUUCACGCCGGACCUGCGCGUCAAGAAGGUCGAGGACUCUGAUUUCGAGCCCCUUGGCCAGCUGAUCCGGCGCAUCGGCAACUCCCGCGAGCCGUUCCUCGUCCCCCAGAUUGGUGUUCCUCACGGCCCCCCUUCCGCCAACGGUCCCUUCUCGCCUGCCACUCCCGGUGGCGUCGUCCCUCCCCUCAGCGGCCUUUUCCCCAGCUUUGGCCGUACCCUCACCGCCGAAGAGCAGAACAACCUCGAGCGUCGCAAGCAGGAGGAGCAGUUCGCCAUGGCCCAGCAACGCGAGGUCAUGAUGCGUCAGCAGGCCAUCACCAGGAUUCAGCCAGGUGGUAUUCAGGGCUCCCUGCACCACCAUUCCAGCGCUCACAGUCUGCAGAGCCAACCUAGCUUCGGCAGCAUCGCCUCCCCCAUCGGGGCUCCCCUCCAGCAGCCACCGACCAGCAACAUGGCUCCCGGGUCUGGAUACUACGACGGCGCCUCGCAGCAGCAGCAGCAGCAGCCUCAGCAGCAACAGGGAAACGGACAGGGCCCGGUCGGGGCCGGACAAGACCCCUUUCGUGAGGACGACAUGCCGACCGUGAACGCCAACCAUAGCAAUGCCCAGAGCCAGGGCAGCUUCUUCCCCCCUCAGCCGCCCAUUGGUGGUGCGCAGGGAAACGACAACCAUGUGCGCGCCAACCUGCCGGGCACCGAGCAGCUCGCAGAGGACGACGAGGGUUUUCGUGAGCGCUUGAAAGAGUUUGAAGGCCUCCGUGCCGCACGCGACGCUGCGGAGCAGAAGGCCGCGGCGCAGGCCGACAUUCCCCAGCAGAGCAUCGAGGAGGACCACGCUGCUGUCGUUGAGCAGUCUUCCCACCGCAAGCUGACCGAGCAGGAAAUGGACGAGGGCCAGCUCCUCUCGCUGACGCAGCAAGUUCAGAAGGCUCAGGCGGCCGCUGCCAAGUCGGCGACCUCUGGCCUGCCCAUGCCGUUCCCGCCGCCCAUCCCGCAGUCCGGCACGCCCCUCCCCGCUCCCACGGCGCAGAGGGUGCGGUCGGGCCUCCCCGAGCAGUACAGCCGCUCGCAGACCGGCACGCCUGACACGUCUUCUGUGACCGAGCCUCCUCCCCUCGCGCCCUGGGCCAAGGAGGCCACGCCCGCCGAGCGCAAGGGCCCCAGCCUCAAGGAGAUCCAGGAGAUGGAGGCGCGCACUGCUGCCAAGGCCGAGGAGGCCGCCGCCGCCGCCCGCAAGCAGGCUCUCGAGAUGGAGGCCGCUUCACUCCGCGAGCGCGAGAAGGCCACAGCCAUUGCCACGGGCCUGCCGACCACGAGCACCUGGGGCAACGGUUCGCCCGUGGCUGCCGCCAGCCCGUGGACCAAGCCCGGCCCGGUCAAGGCGGCGCCCGGCAUCAACCUGACGGCCAAGCAGAAGACGCUGGCCGACAUUCAGCGCGAGGAGGAGGCACGCAAGGAGAAGGCGCGUGCGGCCGCCGUGCAGUCGGGGGCUGUGUCGGCCGCCGGCAAGCGCUACGCCGACCUCGCGCUCCGCACCGGUGGCGGCAACCCGCCGGGUCUCGCGCAGCAGGGUGCUCCUGCUGCUGCCGCCGGCGCCGCCGUCGGCCCCGGCUGGGCGACCGUCGGUGCCGGCGGCAAGGUCAAGACGCCGGGCGGCGUGGCUGUCGCGCAGUCGCCGGUGCGCUCGGUCAGCACGACCAACGUCAAGCCCGUGUCGUCGACGCCCAAGCCCGUGGUCACGCGGCCCGUCGCCAGCAGCGUCAGUGUGGCCGCCGCUGGCAAGACGGACGUGGCCAUGGACGAGUUCAACAAGUGGCUCCACCGGGAGCUCACGCGGGGCGGCAUCCACGGCGUGGACAUCGACACAUUUGCCGCCAUGCUCAUGAUCCUGCCGGCGGAGACGUCGGUGAUUGCGGACGCCAUCUACGCGAACAGCAAAACUAUGAAUGGCGCUCACUUUGCGGAGGAGUUUGUGCGGCGCAAGAGGCGGGCCGACCAGGGCAUCGUCGAGAAGCAGCCGACGUCGGCGGGCGGCGAGAGCAAGACGGCGGCGUCGAGCAGCGGGUGGAGCGAGGUCGCCAAGAAGAGCGGCGCCAAGGAGGCGGGCGCUCCGACGGCCGAGACGAACAUGCAGGGUGCCGCGUUCAAGGUUGUGUCGGGACGCAAGAAGGGGUCGAAGAAAUGA